GUCGAAUCUUGUUAAUAUAAAGUCACAUAGUCACUAAACGUAUGUUUGAGUGUUGACUUCAAGUAGGAAAUAUACUAAAUUUGUGUACAUUUUAUUUUUUUAAUCCUUGUUUCACGAUUUCCACAGUGAGUCAAUCCAGACGUACUAACCAAUGGGAAGGGCUGUAAGUAACUACCAGGCAUGCCAUCCAAUCAGAUGCGAGAUAUCUGCCGACGUCCCCGCCCAGUGGACGGCUUCGUGUCCCGGCGAAGGUCCCUGGAAGCGCCUGGGGUCGACAGCCGGGUUGCAGGCGUUGCCACCGGGGCGGAGAUUCGAUGGCUGGGCGGCAGACUUCUGGGCACCGGCGGAGGCUUCGUCGGGGUGUUGCCGUCAAGAGUGUCCAGCGAGCAGAGCUUCGCCCCGGCGUCGCACCGGACGACACCCGGCAGCUCGCCGUCUUCUACCGAGGCGGAAGUGGACUACGAAGGGCUGCCUCAGGGUGCGACCACCGGGACUCACAUGCUGGCGGGAGCCGUGGCGGGCAUCAUGGAGCACUGCGUCAUGUACCCCGUCGACUGUGUCAAGACGCGCAUGCAGAGCCUCCACCCUGAGCCGGGCGCGCGCUAUCGCAACGUGAUGGACGCCCUGCGGCAGAUCGUGCGCACCGAGGGCGUGUGGCGGCCCAUCCGAGGCGUCAACGUGCUGGCGGUGGGGGCGGGGCCCGCCCACGCGCUCUACUUCGCCUGCUACGAGAAAAUCAAGGUCGCGCUCAGCGACGCCGUCCACCCGGGCGCCAACAGCCACUUUGCCAACGGAGUGGCGGGCUGCAUGGCCACCGUGCUCCAUGACGCCGUCAUGAACCCAGCUGAAGUGGUCAAGCAGCGCAUUCAGAUGUUCAACUCUCCGUACCGCGGCGUGCUGGACUGCGUGGGCGCCACGCUGCGCCAGGAGGGGGCAGCGGCGUUCUACCGCAGCUACACCACCCAGCUGACCAUGAACGUGCCCUUCCAGGCGCUCCACUUCAUGACCUACGAGUACCUGCAGGAGGCGCUCAACCCGCAGAGACACUACAACCCCUCCUCCCACGUGGUGUCGGGGGCGCUGGCCGGCGCGCUGGCCGCCGCCGCCACCACGCCGCUCGACGUGUGCAAGACGCUGCUCAACACGCAGGAAGUGGCCGCCGUGCAGGUGGGUGGCGCCACCGCCGCCGGCCGCAGCAUCUCCGGCCUGGCCGAGGCCUUUCGGACGGUGUACAGGACGGGCGGCGUGGGGGCUUUCUUCAAGGGCGUCCAGGCCCGCGUUAUCUACCAGAUGCCGUCCACGGCCAUCAGCUGGUCCGUCUACGAGUUCUUCAAGUACGCCAUCACCAAGCGGCAGCACGAGAGGCGACUGCGCGCAGACGCCGACAAGUGAAACCGGAAGCUCGAAGCGUCUUCUCUCCAUUUCAAAGUUCUCAAGCUCCAAUGAAGAAGUAGGAGCGCUCUCGCAGCAGGUGGCGACCAACACGCCUUUUUAGUACGGUCGGGACAUGCUCCGGGUUACACUAGUGAGGAUAAUAAGCGCUAUAGAAACUGUCAUGUGUCCAGCAGGAAAACAUGCCCAUGAAUUUAGCUGCCAUCUUUAUAACCGUCUCGACUUUAAGCUCGCAGCGAGCGCUUAACAGGAAAUGACCUCUGGAUGAGCGGGAUGUCACGCCUUGCCUUCAGGUAGCCGCCACGCAUACCAACGCACAACUCUCACUUCUUGUUCAAUCUCUUUAUUUUUUUGGAAACAGUAAAGCAGUGUUAAUAAUAAUAAUAAUAAUUAUAAUAUAUUUCAAUGAAACUAAAAGGCUCCAACUAGCUAGUAUUUUUGUCCAUUUUUUGUCACAUUACAACCACAAACAAAGAUCUUUUAUUGCCAUUUGAUCUGAAAGACCAACAAAAAGUGGUAAACGAUUGGGACGUUGAAAGAAAUGUCUGCGCGAUUCCAAACAUUAUUUACAAAAACUGGUAAGUGCGGUGUGCAAAAGUAUUCAGCCUCCCUUUUCUCUGAGUGUAACCAUUUGCCUACAGAAGUUGAUAAUGUGAAGUCCAUCCAUCUUCUUCCGCUUAUCCGAGGUCGGGUCGCGGGGGCAGCAGCCUAAGCAGGGAAGCCCAGACUUUCCUCUCCCCAGCCACUUCGUCCAGCUCUUCCCGGGGGAUCCCGAGGCGUUCCCAGGCCAGCCGGGAGACAUAGUCUUCCCAACGUGUCCUGGGUCUUCCCCGUGGCCUCCUACCGGUUGGACGUGCCCUAAACACCUCCCUAGGGAGGCGUUCGGGUGGCAUCCUGACCAGAUGCCCGAACCACCUCAUCUGGCUCCUCUCGAUGUGGAGGAGCAGCGGCUUUACUUUGAGCUCCCCCCGGAUGACAGAGCUUCUCACCCUAUCUCUAAGGGAGAGCCCCGCCACCCGGCGGAGGAAACUCAUUUCGGCCGCUUAUAUCCGUGAUCUUGUCCUUUCGGUCAUAACCCAAAGCUCAUGACCAUAGGUGAGGAUGGGAACGUAGAUCGACCGGUAAAUUGAGAGCUUUGCCUUCCGGCUCAGCUCCUUCUUCACCACAACGGAUCGAUACAGCGUCCGCAUUACUGAAGAUGCCGCACCGAUCCGCCUGUCGAUCUCACGAUCCACUCUUCCCCCACUCGUGAACAAGACUCCUAGGUACUUGAACUCCUCCACUUGGGGCAGGGUCUCCUCCCCAACCCGGAGAUGGCACUCCACCCUUUUCCGGGUGAGAACCAUGGACUCGGACUUGGAGGUGCUGAUUCUCAUCCCAGUCGCUUCACACUCGGCUGCGAACCGAUCCAGCGAGAGCUGAAGAUCCUGGCCAGAUGAAUUAUACUUAUAUAGCGCUUUUUCUCUAGUGACUCAAAGCGCUUUACAUAGUGAAACCCAAUAUCUAAGUCACAUUUAAACCAGUGUGGGUGGCACUGGGAGCAGGUGGGUAAAAUGUCUUGCCCAAGGACACCACCAAGGCACUGACUAGGAUGGACGGAAGCGGGGAUCGAACCUGGAACCCUCAAAUUACUGGCACGGCCACUCUACCAACCGAGCUAUACCGUUGAUCAGGUUGUGAGGGCUUAAAAGGGUUGAACUAUGCUUGCAAUUUAAAGCAUACCAAAAAGCCGAGAGACCUAGUCGCUCAAGUUAAACCUAAGUUAAGGUACUCUUAAAUUGAGGUAGAACUGUAGUAGUUUAUUUCGAAAAUGCUUACAAAGUCACAUCAAAAUACUGUACAUAUUCUGUUACAGUUCAACAUGUCUGAAAAAGAUUAAAAAUAGUUACAAGAGUUGAGUUUUGAAUAAUUAUUGGUAUAUAUUCAGUGAUUUUUACUAAUGAAUAAUGACUAAUUACUGUAAUCUCAUCUCAGUACAAAUACAGCUGGUCUGACACGGCCUCAGGGGUUGGUUCAUAGAAUAUCAAGUCCAAGGAACACACCACACAAGUCUGGGAUAAAGUUGCGGAGACUGCUCAGUGGCCUUGUGGUUAGAGUGUCCGCCCUGUGAUUGGUAGGUUGUGAGUUCAAACCGAGUGGCCGAGUCAUACCAAAGACUAUAAGAAUGGGAACAAGGGGAUGGACGCAGGUUUAGGCUGUAAAAAGACAACAUUGAUCGUCCCACGCAUCACUGUUCAAUUCGUCAUCCGUACGGCACGCCUGUAAACCUGCCAAGACAAGGUCGGCCAUCCAAACUUACAAGGAGAGCACUGAUCAGUGCUGUAGCCAAGAGGCCCAACUGCAGAGAUCCACAGCUCAGGUCAAGGGAUUUGUCCACGGGGCAACUAUUAGUCGUGGUCUUUAUGGAAGAGUGGCAAGAGGAAAGCCAUUGUUCAAAGAAAACAAGUUUGCCAGAAGCAAUGUUGGGAGGGACACAGGUGACUUGGUCAGACGAGACCAAAACGCUUUGGGGCAGAGAACUAAUACUGCACAUCACUCUGAACAAACCCAUCCCCACUAUCAAAUAUGGUGGUGGCAGCAUCAUGCCCUGGGGGUGCUUCCCUUCAACAGGGACUGGGAAGAUGGUCAAAGUUGAUAGGAUGAUUGAUGAAGCCAAAUACAGAAGAAAACAGGUUUGAGUCUGCCAAAGAUUGCUCAAAAAGGUUCAUUCUGUCUUCUUAUUCGUAUACUUUUUCAAAUUUUCAGACCAUAUUUUCGGUAUGUUAGAUGGAAUCUUUACCUGACAUGUUUCGACUGUCAUCUGCAGUCUUCUUCCGAAGGGUCACCUGAUGUCAGGUAAAGAUUCCAGCCAACAUACCGAAAAUAUGGUCUGAUUACAAGAACAUUUGAAAAAGUAGUCUGCCAAAGACUUGAGACUGGGGCGGAGGUUCGCCUUCUGGCAGGACGACGACCCUACAUAUAAAGCCAGGGCUACAAUGGAAUGGUUUAAAACAAAAGCGAAAAGUCCAGACCAAAACCCAAUGGAGAAUCUGUGACAAGAUUUGAAAACUGCUGUUCACAAACACUCUCCAUCUGAUCUGAUCUGACUGAGCAUGAGCUGUUUGGCAACAAAACCUGGGCAAACAUUACAGUCAUGGGCAAAGCUGGUAGAGACGUACCCUGAAGGACUUGCAGCUGGAAUUGUAGGCAAGGUUCUUUCACAAAGUAUUGACUCAGGGCGGCUGAAUUCACUUUUUUUUUAAUAUGCAAAACAUGUUUCAUGUAUGAUCGUAAACCUCUUAAUGUCUUUCACAUAAAGUUCCAAUGAAAUAUAUUUGUUUGUGGUUACGUGACAAAAUAUGAAAAGGUUCGAGCGCUUUGGCGAGCCACCGUCGUUUCUCGAGCUGUGCUCCGGGAAGUUGAAACGUCACUGAGCUCAAAGACGUUUUUAAGGUUUGCAAUGUAAGACAAAGCCAGGACAAACAUGCUUGAACACUUUGUUUGCUUGUAAAUAAACUCAGGGCAUCUCGCAGAAGCAGGGUCUUCUCUUGGUGCUCGAAGAGACAA